AUCCUACCUGGACCCCACAUGUCAUUGCCUCUGUGUACCUCGCGCUCACGCGUCGCUCGUGGUCGUGGCCAGUGUCUUCCUCCCCACUCGAACCUUUCAAACUCGCAGCGUUCGCCUUCCCCUUGCGAGCUCGGAGCGGCCCCCUUCCAGAAGCGCCCCCCGCCGCAGCCUCCUCGAGGCCCCGACCCUGCCGCGGUGGCGCCGUCCACGCCCCAGCCGCCCCAGGGUCUCUCCCGCCGCCGCACCGCCGCCGCCAACCUCCAGCCGAGUCCGUCGGGGGCGGCGACCGCCAGCCUCGCCGCCGCCCUCGCGCGCGAGCGCAUCAGGCGCCGCGGCGAGGCGGACGCGGGCCCGGGGGAGCGGGAGGCCCUGCCCUUCUGGCAGAGGACCUGUUUCCUCGCGCUGCUGCUGGCGAUGGCCGCCGCGUCGUUCGCGCUCGCUCUCCUGCUCUUCCUCGGCCUCGAUCUCCACGAGGCCGCGCCGGCGCAGUCCUACGCCGCCGACCCGGAUACCGUCGUUGAGAUUACCUACGGGUCAGUGAUCAAGUUGAUGCAUGAGAGGACCAAGUUUCGGCUGCAUUCUCACGACGUGCCUUAUGGAUCUGGCAGCGGCCAGCAGUCGGUCACCAGCUUCCCCAACGUCGACGACGCCAAUAGCUACUGGAUAGUGAGACCUCAACCAGAUUCUUCAGCAAAACAAGGUGAUCCCAUUACACAUGGAACUAUAAUAAGGCUUCAACAUAUGAGAACUCGAAAGUGGUUACACAGCCACCUGCAUGCUUCCCCCAUAACCGGAAAUUUGGAGGUUAGCUGCUUUGGUGGAGAGAAUGAAUCGGAUACUGGAGACUACUGGAGGCUCGAGAUUGAGGGCAGCGGGAAAACCUGGCGGCAAGACCAGAGGAUUCGGUUAAGACAUGUUGAUACUGGUGGUUAUCUGCACAGCCACGACAGGAAGUACACACGAAUUGCUGGUGGGCAGCAAGAGGUAUGCGGAGUUGGCGACAAGCGCCCAGACAACAUCUGGCUUGCAGCUGAGGGGGUCUAUCACCCGGUGAUGCCACACAAGUAGCUCUACCGCUGGAUGAGAAGUGCCAUUGUUAAAAGGAACUUUUAUGGUGCUUAGGCUGAUUCAAUGCACAGAGUUGUAAUUGUAACUGUUCUAACAUUUUACUGUAAUCUACUUGUGCUGUCUGUAACAUUACUGUGUUCAGAGCAAAACACAGUGCAUCUGUUCUGCUCAUCCGUAUAAAGACGACUCGGCAAGUCCCAGUAUACAAGUUCUACCUGUUUAUGUU